AAUUUACCACUAAACAGAAAGUGUCGAACAUCAUUGAACCGUGCAUUCAAUCUUUCUAAAUUUCAAAUCUUUUUUCAUCCAAAAAAAAAUCUCAACUCAACACGUCCAGAAAAAUACCAACAUUGUCCAAAUACAAAGCGAUAAAACCAUAGAUUGUCUUUCUUUCCCUCUCUAAUCCUUUAAAUCUCUCGGUAAAUCAUUUCUUCGUAAGCUCUUUUGAGUCGAGAGCGUUGCUUAACAAACAGGAUAAUGCCUGUCUCUUAUAUCUUGACGUCGCUCAUCUAUCGCGAUCUGGAUGAUGGCGAUCAUAACAAUGCGCUCAUUUUAGCUGAGCGUCUCUUCGCAUUGAACAAUGACAACGAUUAUUACCGAUUCGUUUAUGCAAAAUGCCUUUACCAACUUAAAGAUUAUUCGGCAGUAUAUACCCUUUUGAACUGCUCUACUUCUGUUCCAAAUCUAAAUCUUUUCGCAAAGAGCUGUCUAGAGCUGGGAUUGUUAGUGCGUUCGUCCGCAAAGCAACACCAGUACUGGAAAGAUGGAGUAAAAGCUUUAAAGGCAGCUCUUUCACUUGAUGAGCCAACUGAUAAGAUUCACUGGAGAGAUGAAUUAUCAAGCAUUUCAGUUAGGCAACAUAUACCAAGCAAAGCAAGCAUGUACAAUCUAUUAGGUGACCUGUAUGCAAAACUCGAUCAUAUACGAGGCGCUGCUACAUCUUAUUGGAGCUGCCUCAAGUUAAAUCCUUUCAAAUUAACGGCCUAUACUAAGUUAUGCGAUAUUGCACCCGAUAUCCCAAAUUUCGAAAAGGCGAAGCUGCCAAAAGAUAUUUUUGUAGAUUUCGAUCUUGACACGACAGACCUUUCAACUUCAGCAAACACACCUAUGAUGCCAUCCUUUUCAGCAUUUGCUGACAAUCUUACUUUUAAUGUCAACGUUGAGCCUUUAGAAACGCAGAACAACAAAAUUGAAAUACUCAAGGUACAAAAGGAAUAUAGCCCCAUUACCUUAAAUGACCUGCGCCAGUUUGCUGGUGCUAUAAGCAAUAUGUACGAAGAUAAGGAAAGCCUUUUUGUACAUGACAUAGAAAGAUAUGACAUUGAAGAUCUAAAAACAAAGUCAUUAGCCAGUAUUAUCGAUGAUGUGGAACAAGCAGAAAAGAAGCGAGCUUUUGAGAAUAAGCAUGGUCUGUAUAAGAAACCAACGGAGCAAACAGAUACUCAAAAGCUUAAUGCUGCAUUAAGCAAGGUCAAUGCGGAAUCCAGCACAAAAAUUCCUCGAAAGCGUACAAUAGCUGAGCUAGUCCCACCAAGGGUUACAAGAUCAGAAAAUGUGAAGCGCUCAAAAGCCAACCCUACUGAAGUUACCGCUGAAGAUAUUCAGUCGUAUUUUACGCCUAUCAUGCCCAAUAUUGGUUCUUCAUCAUCUGAUGUUUCUAACAACAAGAAUGACGACGGAAUGUCAAAGCUGAUGGUCGAAAGUAUGAAUCAAGUUAUUAAGCUACUCCGUAUCAUAGCCAAUGGCUAUCUUUAUCAGUCUUUUUACCAUCCUCGUAGGGCCGCACUUGAGUUGCAACAGUUAGAUGAUAAUCAAUAUGGCUCACCACGGAUUUUAAGCAUUAUUGGAAAGGCGCUUCAUGACAGCACUGACUUCAAAAAUGCCAAACUUUUCUUCAAGCACGCUUUUGCAGUAGCACCUUGGUUUUUCGACUAUGCACCUGUGUAUUCUACUUGCUUGUGGUACCUGCAGCAGGACAAAGAAUUGGAUAUUGUGGCCUACUGUAUCAAAGAUAACCCUUGUCAUCAGUAUGAAUCGAACAUUGUUGCUGGUAAUUGGUCAAAAUGUUCAAAGGAUACCGAAAAGGAAGCAUUAGAGUGGUUUAAAAAAGCAGUUAGUGUAAAACCUACGGAUAAUUAUGGCUACUAUCUUCUCGGACAUGAAUACUUACUUUUAGGCGAUAAUUUGAAUGCUCUUCGAAACUUUGCGAAUAGUUUGAGACUAAACAAACGCUCUUCUAUAUCAUGGUUCGGUGUGGCGACUACCCAAAUGGCAAUGGGAGAUUAUACAAAAGCUAAAGCCAUGUUAUUAGAAGCCAUCAGGCUCCAGCCAAAGCACCAUAUUAUGUUACGGACUAUGGCAGAAAUACUUAUAGAAGAACACCAGUACGAGGAAGCUUUGAAUUAUAUACAGGAAUCCUUAAAUCUUCGUUGGAAUUCUGCGACUGAAGAGCUCAGGGAAAAGGUCGAGAGGAUGAUAUCCGGUUAGAACCGGGUAGUUUUUAUUGCAAUAUUACAAGUUUGCUGAUUUAGACGUCAGUUCUUUCAUAUUCUUUUCUUGUUUCAUCAAUAUUUAUUUGCUUUUAUAUAAGAACAUUAUUUUGCCUCGUGCUUUAGCAUUAUACGCUUUAAUGACGUUUAUAGCUGAAUGUGAGCGUUCUUUACGUAAAAAACCUUUUGAUUUAAACUAAAUAGUUCUCGGUAAAGACUCUUGAUAUGUAUCAAUAAAACAUUAGCUUGAAU